AUGUCCGCCCCGCAAGUGCAGAACCCCCCCGUGGAGGACGACGAGGUUCCUACCCUGGAGGCCGCUGAAGUCCCACAGGCCGCUAAGCCGACCAAGCGCUACGCAAAGGCCAUGGCAAAGAUGGGCCUUAAGCCGGAACCGAACGUCGUCAAGGUGCACAUCCGCAAGCACGGGACCCUCUCCUUCAUGGUGAACCAGCCAGAGCUCUACCGUUUCCCUGGCACCAACACCUUCCUUAUCUUUGGUGAGGCCCAACUCGGGGAGACUGGGAUGGAGGCGCAAGAGGCUGCCGCCCGCGCCGUCUCGGGCGUGGUCCCGGAGACGGAGUCCCGCGUUGAGGAGGUGGCCGCGACGGCCGAACCCUCUGAGACCGCCGUUCCCGCACCUGCAACGGAGGGCGCAGACGCAGAGGACGCUGGCGACUUGGACGAAAAGGAAAUCAAUGUUGUGAUGCGCCAGGGUCUCACCGACCGCGCUGGUGCCAUCCGGGCUCUCAAGAACAACAAGGGCGAUAUCGUGAACGCCAUCUUGGAGCUGACAAUGUGA